CCAUUUUUCUCUCUGCAAUCGCGUUCUCUGCCUCUCUCUCUGUCGUCAUCCUUGUUCUUCCUCUCGCCAAAAUUGAUCAUCAAACACCCAAAAAACACACCAAGGAAAGCUCCAGUCAUCUUCCAAUUGAUAGUUUUGGUGAUCUGGCUAUUUCGAUCCUUGGCUUUCUUUCUCAUUGGGUCCAAUCAGGUCGCAGGCGAUCCGGCUCAGACGACUCUCCAUUCGGAUCCACCACCACCGGCUCAGAUAACUCUCCAUCCAUACUUUUUAUCUUUGAAUUGAAAUUCAGAGUUGGUUUCUUUGAUCUUCGGGUUUCAAGUUGAAAUUGGGUUGAUGGUAUAGAACUGAUCGAGAGGAGGAGGGAGGAAGAAAACUGAGGGCAGUAAAUUUGGCUCAGUAAAUUCGUUAGACAAACGGCGCGUGGUCUGCACGCGCUGUUAGCUUUUGACAGUGCGAAUGCACUGCUGGUGCAUGGAAUACGCGCUCCCUUAUGGGUUGGGUGCAUUUGUGGUCAAAGAGUGCGUCGAACAAGAACAAAUUCAUUCAUUGAUUGCUUCCUCUGUCAUAGCUUGAAUUCUGUAUUUGGUUUAUAUAUUAUUGACACGCACGGAGAUGGGGAAUUUGUUCGUGAAGAAACCCAAGAUCACCGAUGUCGAUCGAGCUAUUCUCUCUCUCAAGACCCAGAGACGCAAGCUCGGUCAAUACCAACAACAGCUUGAAGCUGUAAUUGAAGCAGAAAAGCAGGCUGCAAGGGACUUGAUUCGUGAUAAGAAAAAGGAAAGAGCCUUACUAGCAUUGAAGAAGAAAAAGGCACAAGAAGAAUUAUUGAAGCAAGUAGAUACCUGGGUUAUUAAUGUUGAGCAACAAUUGCAAGAUAUUGAACUAUCGAGCAAGCAGAAAGCUGUAUUUGAGAGUUUGAAGGCCGGUAAUAAUGCAAUUAAAGCUAUACAAAGUGAGAUCAACCUUGAGGAUGUUCAAAAGCUAAUGGAUGAUACUGAGGAAGCUAAAGUUUACCAAGAUGAAAUUAGUGCAAUUUUGGGGGAGAAAUUAUCAACCGAAGAUGAAGAGGAAAUUUUAGCAGAAUUUGACAACUUGGAAGCUCAGAUCACUGUUCAAGACCUUCCUGAAGCUCCUGCUUCGGUGCCAGGUCAUCAAGAUGAGAAGUUGGACCUUCCCGAUGUACCAACCAAAGUACCAGUUGCACCUGAUGUGGUCACAGAUGAUGCAAAAGAUUCAGCUAAGAGUAAAGUUAUGGAGGAACCGGUGUUGGCUUGAUUUGUAUAUAACAGUUGAAUUAGCUCGCCACUUCUGAAACUAUUCACAAACUUGAAUUUGAUCAUCCCUUCUGCAACCAUGCAUGAUAUUGGUCAAAAUCUUUGAUUUGGAUAACUUUGAUAGUGUGUACCUUUACUUUUGAUAGUGUGUACCUUUACUUUCGGACUUGGGUCAUACAGAUUUGUAUUGCUCCAACCUUCAUGAUUUGUUUCUAAAAGUCUUAGUGAUCUUACUGUGGAACU